GGCCAUUUGGCUGGGCCUAAGUCGGUCCUCUGCGGGCCCCUGGAACAGCUGCCAGAGUGGACAGCACUAUGGGCUUCUCUUCGGAGCUGUGCAGCUCCCAGGGCCACGGGGCAGUGCAGCAAAUGCAGGAGGCUGAGCUCCGGCUGCUGGAGGGCAUGAGGAAGUGGAUGGCCCAGCGGGUCAAGAGUGAUCGGGAGUACGCAGGGCUGCUGCAUCACAUGUCCCUGCAGGACAGCGGGGCCCAGAGCCGGGGCGGCCUCGACAGCCCCAUCAGCCAGUCCUGGGCAGAGAUCACCAGCCAGACGGAGGGCCUGAGCCGGUUGCUGAGGCAGCACGCGGAAGACCUGAACUCCGGGCCCCUGAGCAAGCUAAGCCUGCUUAUUGGGGUGCGGCAGCAGCUGCGCAAGACCUACAGCGAGCAGUGGCAGCAACUGCAGCAGGAGCUAACCAAGACCCACAGCCAGGACAUCGAGAAGCUGAAGAGCCAGUACCGAUCCCUGGUGCGGGACAGCGCCCAGGCCAGGCGCAAAUACCAGGAGGCCGGCAAAGACAAGGACCGUGACAGGGCCAAGGAUAAGUAUGUGCGCACCCUGUGGAAGCUCUUUGCUCACCAUAACCGCUACGUGCUUGGCGUGCGGGCCGCGCAGCUGCACCACCAGCACCACCACCAGCUCAUGCUGCCCGGCCUGCUCCAGUCGCUGCAGGACCUGCACCAGGAGAUGGCGCGCAUCCUGAAGGAGAUCCUGCAGGAAUACCUGGAGAUUAGCAGCCUGGUGCAGGACGAGGUGGCGGCCAUUCACCGGGAGAUGGCUGCAGCCGUUGCCCGCAUCCAGCCUGAGGCCGAGUACCAGGGCUUCCUGCGACAGUAUGGGUCCACACCAGAUAUUCCACCCUGUGUCACGUUUGAUGAGUCGCUGCUUGAGGACAGCGAAGCCCUGGAGCCCGGAGAGCUGCAGUUGAAUGAGCUGACGGUGGAGAGCGUGCAGCACACGCUCACCUCAGUGACAGAUGAGCUGGCUGCGGCCACGCAGAUGGUGUUAGGUCGGCAGGAAGUGGUCACUCAACUGCAGCGCGAGCUCCGAAAAGAGGAGCAGAGCAUCCACCCCAGGCAGCGGGUUUACCUGCUCAGCAAGAGGCAGGUGUUGCAGGAGGAGCUGCAGGGGCUGCAGGUGGCGCUGUGCAGCCAGGCCAAGCUGCAGGCCCAGCAGGACCUGCUGCAGGACAAGCUGGAGAGGCUGGGCCCCGGCGAGCCCCCACCGGUGCCGCUCCUGCAGGACGACCGCCACUCCACCUCGUCCUCGGAGCAUGAGCGGGAAGGGGGAAGGACGCCCACCCUGGAGAUCCUUAAGAGCCACAUCUCGGGAAUCUUUCGCCCCAAGUUCUCGCUCCCCCCGCCGCUGCAGCUCGUCCCCGAGGUGCAGAAGCCUCUGCACGAGCAGCUGUGGUACCACGGGGCCAUCCCACGGGCAGAGGUGGCUGAGCUGCUGACGCAGUCCGGGGACUUCCUGGUGCGGGAGAGCCAGGGCAAGCAGGAGUACGUGCUGUCGGUGCUGUGGGACGGCCAGCCCCGGCACUUCAUCAUCCAGUCUGCUGAUAACCUGUACCGGUUGGAAGGCGACGGCUUUCCCACCAUCCCCUUGCUCAUCGACCACCUGCUGCACUCCCAGCAGCCCCUCACCAAGAAGAGCGGUGUGGUCCUGAGCCGGGCUGUGCCCAAGGACAAGUGGGCACUGAACCACGAGGACCUGGUGUUGGGUGAGCAGAUUGGGCGGGGGAACUUCGGUGAAGUGUUCAGCGGGCGCCUGCGAGUGGACAACACGCUGGUGGCGGUGAAAUCCUGCCGAGAGACGCUCCCCCCUGAUCUCAAGGCCAGGUUUCUGCAGGAAGCGCGGAUCCUGAAGCAGUACAGCCACCCCAACAUCGUGCGUCUCAUUGGCGUCUGCACCCAGAAGCAGCCCAUCUACAUUGUCAUGGAGCUCGUGCAGGGAGGCGACUUCCUGACCUUCCUUCGGACGGAGGGAGCCCGCCUGCGAGUGAAGACGCUGCUGCAGAUGGUGGGGGACGCGGCCGCAGGCAUGGAGUACCUGGAGAGCAAGGGCUGCAUCCACCGGGACCUGGCUGCUCGGAACUGCCUGGUCACAGAGAAGAAUGUCCUGAAGAUCAGUGACUUUGGGAUGUCCCGGGAGGAGGAGGACGGGAUCUACGCUGCCUCAGGGGGCCUCAGACAAGUCCCCGUGAAGUGGACGGCGCCUGAGGCUCUUAACUACGGCCGCUAUUCCUCCGAGAGCGAUGUGUGGAGCUUUGGCAUCUUGCUCUGGGAGACCUUCAGCCUGGGAGCGUCCCCCUACCCCAACCUCAGCAAUCAGCAGACUCGGGAGUUCGUAGAGACAGGGGGCCGCUUGCCCUGCCCCGAGCUGUGCCCCGACGCUGUGUUCAGGCUCAUGGAGCAGUGCUGGGCCUACGAGCCCGGGCAGCGGCCCAGCUUCAGCACCAUCUACCAGGAGCUGCAGAGCAUCCGAAAGCGGCACCGGUGAGGCUGGGCCUGCUUCUCCAGCCAGUGGCCUUUGCCGGCAAGAUUGUACCUCCAGCCCAGCUCCAGCUCACCAUGUGUGACGACGGCUCUUCACAAUUCUGGACUCCAGCCCCCGGCACCCGCGCCGCUGGUGGGGACGCAGCU